AUUCAAGACAAGAUAUACUAGUGAUCAUUUUCAAUUACUCUAGUACGAUUUAUUAAUUGAAUACUAGUAUUAAUUAAUUAUAAUAAAAUAAAGGCCACCCUCUUAGCUGCCAUAUAGAGGAGACCCAAAUUGAAAGAGACAAACUUGUCAACUCUCAUUCUUGGUUUAUAAAUACCGUAUAGUUUUUCUCAUAUCAAACACACACAUUUCAUCAAAUUUAGUCUUUGUAUCAAGCAAAAUCAUGUGGUCUAUAGUAACGGAUCCAAUUAAAACUCUUAUUUCAAGAGUUUUGCAUCAUUCCAUUCAUAAAGAUUUCCAUGAUGCAGUUGCCAAAAUGUCCAUCAUUGAUGCUUUUCUCUUCUUUAUUGUACACUCCAUUGACAAGUUAGGAAUAUGGCAUCGUUUGCCAGUUUUCUUGGGCCUAAUUUACUUGGCCAUUAGAAGACAUCUUCAUCAAGAGUACAAUCUCAUAAAUGUUGGGACAACACCUGUAGGAGUAAGGUCAAACCCUACAGAUUAUCCAUAUAGAACAGCUGAUGGAAGAUAUAAUGAUCCUUUUAAUGAUGGUGCUGGAAGUCAAGGAUCUUUCUUUGGAAGAAACAUUCUCCCUGUGGAUCAGAAAAAUAAGUUGUUGAAGCCGGAUCCGUUGGUGGUAGCCACCAAACUUCUGGAGAGAAAAACAUACAAGGACACUGGGAAGCAAUUUAAUGUAAUUGCAGCAUCUUGGAUUCAAUUUAUGAUACAUGAUUGGAUAGAUCAUUUGGAAGACACCAAUCAGGUUGAACUCACGGCACCACGAGAAGUUGCAAGUCAAUGUCCUCUAAAAUCAUUCAAGUUCCUAAAGACAAAGGAAAUUCCCACUGGCUUCUAUGAUAUUAAGACUGGACAUGCAAACAUCCGUACACCUUGGUGGGAUGGAAGUGUGAUAUAUGGAAGCAAUCAAGAAGUUUUGAACAAAGUGAGAACUUUUAAAGAUGGAAAGAUCAAAAUAUCAAAGGAAGGACAUCUUCUACAUAAUGAGGAUGGUACAGCAAUUUCAGGUGAUAUUCGCAAUAGUUGGGCUGGUGUCACUACUCUGCAGACCCUUUUUGUUCUAGAACACAAUGCUGUUUGUGAUGCUCUUAAGAAACAACAUCAUGACUUGGAAGAUGAAGAACUUUAUCGCCAUGCUAGAUUGGUAACUUCAGCUGUGAUUGCAAAGAUUCACACCAUAGAUUGGACUGUGGAGCUUCUUAAAACCGACACUUUGCUUGCGGGCAUGCGAGCCAAUUGGUAUGGAUUAUUGGGAAAGAAAUUCAAGGACACAUUUGGACAUGUUGGAAAUGCCAUCUUGGGUGGAUUUGUGGGCAUGAAGAAAGCAGAAAAUCAUGGUGUUCCAUACUCUUUAACCGAAGAAUUUGCUACUGUCUAUAGAAUGCAUCCACUUCUUCCUGAUUCCCUCCAUUUGAGAGAUAUAUCUGCCUCUCCAGGACAAAACAAGUCUCCACCAUUAAUCAAAGAGAUUCCUAUGAAUGAUUUAAUUGGACUAAAAGGAGAAAAGACUUUGUUGGAGAUAGGAGUUGCAAAGCAAUUGGUAUCAAUGGGUCACCAAGCUUGUGGAGCCCUAGAACUUUGGAACUAUCCAUCAUGGCUUAGAGACCUUGUACCACAUAACUUAGAUGGAACAGAAAGAUCUGAUCAUGUGGAUUUAGCUGCUCUUGAAAUUUACAGGGAUAGAGAGAGGAGUGUAGCUAGGUAUAACCAAUUCAGGAGAGGACUAUUGUUGAUACCUAUCUCUAAAUGGGAAGAUCUUACAAAUGAUAAGGAAGUUAUUAAAGUAUUGGAAGAUGUAUAUGGUGAUGAUGUUGAGGAACUUGAUGUACUAGUAGGUCUCUUGGCAGAGAAGAAGAUAAAGGGCUUUGCAAUUAGUGAGACAGCUUUUACAAUAUUCCUUCUCAUGGCAUCUAGGAGGCUAGAGGGUGAUAGAUUUUUCACAAGUAAUUUCAAUGAGGAGACAUACACUAAAAAGGGGUUGGAAUGGGUGAACACAACUGAAAGCUUAAAAGAUGUAAUUGAUCGUCACUAUCCAGAAAUGACACAUAAGUGGUUGAACUCUUCAAGUGCUUUUUCUGUUUGGGACUCAGCCCCUAACAAACAUAACCCUAUUCCAAUUUACUUUCGUGUUCCUCAUUAAUCGAUUUUACUUAAGAUAUAUUAUUUUCCCUUGAUUAUCCAUUUUAGUUUUUGAACUUAUUUAUGUGCUGUAUUUGAAUUUUUUAAAUAAUUUUAUGGUGUAUUUGUGUUUACACCUACACAUUUAUGUGUAUGUAUUCAUGUUUUUGGUGUAUUUGUGAUUUUCAAAAUAAUCAUAUGUUGUCCUUUAUAUUAA